GUCAUGGACCCAACAAAUAUUGCUAUUACCAAACACAUUGACUUUACAGUUUUCCUUUUCUUCAAUCUGUUGUGUGCGUUAUUUCUCAAUCAUUUGAACUAUGGCUGAGCAAAUUCCAUACGGUGUUGCUGCAAGCCUCAUCGACAGGUUGGCUUCUGCAGCGUUUCGUGAAUUUGGGCGGAUUUAUGGUGUUAUGCAUCAGUUGGAAAGGCUUAAGAGUACAGUUCAAUCCAUCAGAGCUGUGCUCCUUGAUGCCGAGGAGAAACAACAACAAAAUCAUGGUGUGCAAAACUGGAUAAGAAGGCUCAAAGAUGAUGUGCUUCAUCCUGCUGAUGACUUGCUCGAUGAAUUUGUUAUUCACGAUAUGAGACACAAAAUUGAGGAAGCUGAUAAGAACAAAGUAACAAAGGUACUUCAUUCCUUAUCUCCAAACAGAUUUGCUUUUCGCCGUAAAAUGGCUCAUGAGAUUGAAAAACUACAAACAAAAUUUAAUGAUGUGGUGAAUGAUAUGUCUGGGUUGAAUCUAAACUCAAAUGUUGUGGUGGUUCAACAAACUAAGAGUGUAAGGAGGGAAACAAGUUCAUUUGCGUUAGAAUCGGAUAUCAUUGGAAGAGAAGAUGAUAAAAAGAAGAUUAUAAGCUUGUUGAUGCAACCACAUGGAAAUCAAAAUGUCUUUGUGGUUGGUAUUGUUGGGAUUGGUGGUUUAGGAAAGACAACUCUUGCUCAAUUGAUAUACAAUGAUGUGGAAGUGCAAAACUCGUUUGAAAGGAGUAUGUGGGUAUGUGUCUCCGAUAACUUUGAACUCAAGGCUAUAAUGAAGAAAAUGUUGGAGUCAUUAACCAAGAACAAAAUUGAUGAUGCAUUAUCAUUGGAGAAUAUGCAAAAUAUGUUUCGUGACAAUUUAACAGGUAAGAGAUACUUGUUAGUUUUGGAUGACAUUUGGAACGAGAGUUUUGAAAAAUGGGCUCACUUGAGGACUUUUUUGAUGUGUGGUGCUCAAGGUAGUAAGAUUGUAGCGACAACCCGUAGUAAAACAGUGUCACAAACAAUGGGUGUAAUUGACCCCUAUGUUUUGAAUGGUUUGACUCCAGCAGAAUCUUGGCGUUUGUUGAACAACAUCAUUACAUACGGGGAUGAGUCCAAAAGAGUGAACCAAACUCUUGAAUCAAUCGGCAAGAAGAUAGCAGAAAAGUGCACUGGGGUUCCACUAGCAAUAAGAACACUAGGAGGCCUGUUACAAGGUAAAAGUGAAGAAUGUGAAUGGAUUGAUGUUUUACAAGGUGACUUUUGGAAAUUAUGUGAAGAUGAAGAAAGUAUCAUGCCAGUGUUGAAACUGAGUUACCAAAACUUGUCGCCUCAACUGCGACAAUGUUUUGCUUAUUGCUCUUUAUAUCCUAAGGAUUGGGAUAUAGAGAAGGAUGAAUUGAUACAAUUGUGGAUGGCACAUGGUUAUCUUGAAUGUUCAACUAUCGGUAACCAAUUCGUGAAUAUUUUGUUGAUGAAGUCAUUUUUUCAAGAUGCUAUAUAUGAUGUGCAUGGUGAUGUAAAUAGUUUCAAAAUCCAUGAUCUAAUACAUGAUAUCGCAAUGCAAGUAUCCGGAAAUGAUUGUUGUUAUUUGGACGGUGGAACAAAAAGAUUUGUCGGAAAUCCCGUGCAUGUAAUGUUGCAAAGUGAAGCUAUUGGUUUGUUGGAGUCAUUGAAUGCAAGAAAGAUGCGAACUUUGAUUUUGUUGUCCAACAAUUCAGAGAGUAUGAAUGAGAAGGAAUUGUUUGUUAUAUCAAAAUUCAAAUACUUACGUGUAUUGAAGCUUUCACAUUGUUCUUUGAGUGAGUUGUGUACUUCAUUUAUAAAAUUGAAGCAUUUAAGAUAUCUUAGCUUAUGUGACUGUGAAAGAUUGGAAAGUCUCUCCAAAUCCAUAAGCGGUCUUGUUUGCUUGCAAAGACUAAUAUUGAAAGCAUGUAAAAAAGUUGAAAUUUCUACAAAAGAUGUCUCUAAGUUAAUCAAUUUGAAGCAUCUUGAUAUUGGUGAAGUAAAAGUCUUGGAAGAAAAGAAGGCAACAUCUAUAUUUAGAAAGUUGGGCAUAGGAGGGCGAUACAAUGGUGCAAUUUUUUCUAAUUGGAUUUCUUCACUUGAAAAUAUUGUUGAAAUCACACUCUAUGAUUGUAAAGGUUUGAAGUACCUCCCACCAAUGGAAUGUCUUUUGUUCCUUAAGUCUCUCACUAUACGUUCCCUUCAUGAACUGGAGUACAUAUAUUAUGACGAGCCUUGUUCGCCUGAAACAUUCUUCCCAUGUUUAAAGAGUCUCUUUAUAUGGAAAUGCAAUAAGUUGAGGGGAUGGUGGAAGAUGAGUGAUGAUGUCAAUGAUGAUAACUCUUCACAUUCACAAAAUCUCUCCAUCCCUCCCUUUCCUCCAAGUCUUUCUAAUUUAAUAAUCAUUAAAUGUCGAAUGUUGACUCGCAUGCCUAGUUUUCCAUACCUUAACAAGAUAUUGGAAUUCUAUAGUUCCAAUAUGGAGACAUUGGAAGCAACAUUAAACAUGGUAAAUUCAAAAUGUUCGAUUGAAUUUCCUCCUUUUUCCAUGCUAAAAGACUUGACCAUUGGCAAAGUUUACCUAGACGUGAAAAAGCUCCCGGAAAAUUGGGUGCGAAAUCUAUCUUCUCUUGAGCAUCUUAGUUUUAUGAAGCUUCCAAAUCAGACAUUUCAGGAAAUUGGAAUUUGGUUUAAGGAAGAGAUCAGCUAUCUUCCUUCCCUGCAAAAAAUUAAAUUUUGGCAUUGUUCAGAUCUAAUGGCAUUGCCUGAUUGGAUUUUCAACAUCUCCUCACUUCAGCAUAUAACCAUUGCAGACUGCAUAAAUUUGGAUUCGCUGCCCGAAGGAAUGCCACGUCUUGCCAAAUUACAGACCCUAGAAAUCAUUCGAUGUCCCCUCUUAAUUGAAGAAUGUGAGACACAAACAAGUGCAACAUGGCACAAAAUUUCUCACAUCCCAAACAUAAUCUUAAAGAGAUCUUCUUAUUAAAGGAUGUUUGGAUCUGCGUUUAAAGGCUGGCUCUUGCGUACCUAGGCAAAUUUGAUGUGAAAAUAAAGAAGCUACAAAAGGUAGCUUCACACCAAACGUGGUUUUACUGGCAUCCUACCGCUUCAACAAACACACACGUAGUUAUGUGUCAGGAGGCGCAUUGUCUGUUGAUAAAUAUUGCACUGAUGCAAUUGUUGAAGUGUUGAUAAAUAUUGCACUGAUGAAUUGUCUGUUGAUAAAUAUUUCAUCCCUGGAUGGGCAGCUUAGUUCAAGUCCAUGCUUCACAUGAAAUGCUUCAGCAGAUUCUGCAAUAGUGUUUUAUUCAAACUCUGUUGUUGUAAUGAUAAGUAAGAAAUUGUUGUACAUUGUUAUCUAAGGUCCUACAUUUUUAAUGGUUUUUAUGUGAUAUAUUCACUUUAUUUAAAAUCAAUUAAAUAUAAAAUCAAAUUCAUCUGUAUUUUGUUGAAUAUAAACCACAAAACAGCCACCAGUUUUUGUCGCAAUUUAAUACAAGUCCAAGGCCAUGCUUCACAGGAAAUUUAAUCAGUUCCUCUUUUUAUUGGAAUUUCACUCCUUGGGUGAGCAGA